GCCUGGCUUGUUCUGCUGCGAGGGGCUUUUUCCGUUUGUGGAAGAAACCCGAGGCCUGUGGAGGAGGAGGUUGAUGACAGGAAUUUCCGUCCUCGAGUUAUUUCCCCUCCUCCUUUGGGGCGGGCCCCGCUCGGCUUUCUGGCCCCGCUCCUUGGUUUUUUCCGAGUCUCUUGUUUCGUGAGCUUCCCUUUCCCACCCUCCCUCAGUAUAUAGGGGCCGGGAGGCGGCCGGCGGAGACUUCCAAAUCCGCCUGGGAGAGCCUGACGGUCUUGGUAACCUUGUGUUUAUCACACAUUACAUUUACUGUUUCUCCUUGUGGACCCAAUAUUGCAAUAUGGCUGCCUAAGCCCCUUAAAAGGGACUUGAGUCUGAAGUCUGGGAGAUAGUUUUGUGCAUAAAUACUAAAAUUAUUUUUGCUUUUAUUAAGGAGAGACAUGACUUGCCUAAAUAUUUUAGCUAAUGAGUAUUAUUAUUAUUUAUUAAAUUUCUAUACAGCCCUACCGAUGUUCCAUUUUUCCUCUCCUAAGCAAUAUAAUUAUGUUAAACACAAUAAACUUCUAAUAAUAGUAAAGCAACCUGGUUAAAAUUAUGCUAUAAAACUUCAGCAACAACAUAAGGAAAGAAAAUGUUCCAGGGCUGAUUAAAGCUUGUUGGUGUCCAGGGCAAGAGCAAUAGUGGUUUGCAGAGAUCACCCUUAGCUUAAUAGUUCCAAAACUUCAUUGAUGUAUUUGAGGGGAAAUCCUUGAGUAUCUUCUUGGCAAGAAUUAAACUAAUCUUAAGAGGGAGCAGAUGUAUUUAUGUACCAUAAGUUUUCAAAGCACCGCUGAAAUCAAUGGAGAUUUGCAUCCACUACUUUCAGUGGGUCUCCUUUAAGUAAAACCUAGUUGGGGACAACCCAUACAUUCCUGGUUUAAUUUGACUUUAAAGGGGAACAGGCUUUUCAGCAUAUGUAGCCAACUACAAGCAAGUCAUACAUAUGCCUACAGAUUCCAUGUUUCCUUAAUACCCUACAUUUCUGCACUUUUAUUUUCUACAUAGUAACAGGAUUUGGAAACUAAUGCUGCAGCCUGAUACUAACUUAAUUUAUUUGGACUUCCUUUGAUUUGGGUGGGGCUCAUGUCCAAGUUGACAGGCUAUGGGCUAAAUAUUUAGUUUUCUUCUUCACACUUUAUUUUUAAGGCUUUCUCCCUUCUGCCAUAAUGAGAAGGGGAACAUUAGCACUUAUAAGAAAGAAGGAACUACAGUGUUUUAAGGAAGUGUGCAUUUUGAAAAAGAGAACAAAUUAUGUUUAGCCAGAAAGAUGAAAGUACUGAAUGAAAGAGAUACUUUAUAAAGAAAUUGCAUGCAAUGUUUUGCUUUCAGGUUUUUAUUUUAUUAUGGCCUGGAAGUUAAUCAGAUUUGCACAAAACUAUCUCCCAGGCUUCAGACUCGUCCCAUUCUCCUAUCUUAUUUCAUCGUCAUGAACAUAUAUGAUUCAUUACCGUCCAAACUGAGGAAUAGCAGUGAUGUAAGUGAACUGACGUACGAUCUGUCAUGUGAACUCUACAGGAUGUCCACCUUUUCAACUUUCCCUCAGAAUGUACCUGUAUCUGAAAGGAGUCUCGCCCGUGCUGGUUUCUAUUACACUGGUGUGAAAGACAAAGUAAAAUGUUUUAGUUGUGGCUUGAUGUUGGAUAACUGGAAAAAAGGUGACAAGGCUCUGGACAAGCAUAAGCAACUCUACCCUAGCUGCAACUUUGUGAAGAGUUUGACUCCAUUGAACAAUCUCGGUUCAUCAUUUAAUUCUGCCUUUUCACCUCCAACUGCCUUUGGCCUUUCUUCUUCACAUUCCCCGACACCAGCAGCAAAUAUGGAUCAAGUUGGCUAUUUCAGUGGAAGCUUUUCAAGCUUUCCUCAUGAUCCAGUCACAUCCAGGGCAGUUGAAGACUUGUCCCAUUUGAGACCUAAAACAGUCAAUUAUGCAAUGAGUGCAGAGGACGACAGACUGCACACUUUCGAGUCAUGGCCACUGACAUUUCUGUCACCAUCUUCUUUGGCAAAAGCUGGAUUUUAUUACAUUGGGCCUGCGGACAAGGUGGCUUGUUUUGCCUGUGGUGGUCAACUGAGUAACUGGGAGCCUAAGGAUAAUGCCAUGUCGGAACAUCGGAGGCACUUUCCAAACUGCCCUUUUGUGGAACAAAUGUGUGACCAGACCAGCUUCACAGUCUCCAAUAUGAGCAUGCAGACCUACGUAAUGCGCCUCAACACUUUCAAAAGCUGGCCAGCUGCAGUUCCAGUUCAGCCACCGCGGCUUGCAGAUGCUGGCUUCUAUUAUGUGGGUCGCAAUGAUGAUGUUAAAUGUUUCUGCUGUGAUGGUGGACUCAGGUGUUGGGAGUCUGGGGAUGAUCCAUGGGUAGAACAUGCUAAAUGGUUUCCAAGAUGUGAGUACCUGCGGCAUAUGAAAGGACAAGAGUUUGUCCAUCAAAUUCAAGUAAGAUUCCCCCAUCUUCUUGAACAGCUGUUAUCCACCUCAGAUACACCUGUGGAUGAAAAUGUUGAGCCAAUUAUUCAUUUUGGACCUGGUGAGAAUGCUUCAGAAGAUGCAAUCAUGAUGAAAACCCCAGUGGUUGAAGCUGCCUUGGAGAUGGGAUUCAGCAAAAGACUAGUCAAGCAGACUGUUCAGAGUAAAAUCUUAACAACCGGAGAGAAUUAUAAAUCUGUAAAUGAUCUUGUGUCCGACCUCAUUGCUGCAGGAGAUGAGAAGAAUGAAGAGAAGGUGGUACAAGCAGAGGAAGUGACAUCAGAUCUGUCCUUAAUCAGGAAGAACCGAAAUGCAUUGUUUCAGCGCUUGACAUGUGUGCUUCCUAUCCUUGAAAGUUUAUUAACAUCCAAAGUAAUAAAUGACGUUGAAUACCAUGUUAUUAAACAAAAAACCCAGACACCACUGCAAGCGAGAGAACUGAUUGAUACCAUCUUGGUGAAAGGAAACACAGCUGCAAACAUAUUCAGAAACUGUUUACAAGAGUGUGAUUUUGUAUUAUACAAAGACUUGUUCGAGGAGAAGAAAAUGCCUUAUAUUCCAACAGAAGAUGUUUCAGGCCUGCCCAUGGAAGAACAGCUGAGACGAUUACAAGAAGAGAGAACAUGCAAAGUUUGCAUGGACAAGGAAGUGUCCAUUGUCUUCAUCCCAUGUGGCCACUUAGUUGUGUGUAAAGAAUGUGCCCCUUCCCUUAGAAAAUGCCCUAUAUGCAGAGGGACAAUCAAGGGUACAGUGCGGACAUUUCUUUCAUGAAGGGCAUAAAAUGAGUUUGAUCAGCAAGAUCCUCACACUGCAGCCCAGUGGGCACUUUUUUGGGUCAGUUAUUGUGUCUCAAAUGACUGGGUUGCUAAUCCAGUCUAGCUUUGUAGUGCCUUGGAACCAAAUGUUACUAAAGAUGGGGGUGAGCAACCUUGCAGGGUGUGUUACAGUUUGUUGUUCACAAAAGUAGCUGUUGAUUAUUUGUUAACCUAUUGGGAAGCUUUCUGACACAUAUAGCUGGUUAGUCUAAAAUAUGUUUUAUAUAGACCACAUUUGAGGAACCUGUAGCUUUACCAUAUGUUGUUUUAGUGCAGCUCCCAUUAACCUUAGACAUAGGCCCAGCUGACUGUGAGUUGAUGGGGGAGCUGGAGUCUAAUGGCUCCCAGGAAUUUGCAGCUACCCCAUCCCUGACAACUGACUGAAUUAUGAGCAGAAGUUUGAUAAUUGAAGCAUCUAUGCAGGAACAGCUUGAGUUGGUCAUAGGACAAAUUAUAUAUCACCAAGGUGCAGUGCAAAAGACUUGUGCUACGUUGCUUUAUACAUGAUCUGAUAAUGUUAAAAAAUUAUUUGUGAAAUAAACUUAAUAUUAAAAGUUGUUCAAGGAA